AUGAAGAACUGCACUGAAGACGACGACACACUGCAGGAUGGCAUUGUGCUAUUUCAACUUAUCGUCUACAUCCCAGUGCUCUCUUUGGGGAUCCCACUGAACAUGAUUGCCUUCUGGGUCUUCUGCGGCAAACUCAAGAGAUGGACAGAGACCAGGGUGUACAUGAUCAACCUCAUGGUUGCAGACAGUUUCCUGCUCUUUGCCCUGCCUUUCCUGAUAUAUUUUACCAAGUAUGACCAUCCCAUAGACAAGCUGUGUUUUACCAUACAGAACAUUUACUUUACAAACAUGCCUAUGAGCAUCCUUAUCAUCACCCUGAUCGCGAUUGAUCGAUACAUUGCCAUCAAGUUCCCUCUAGAAGCAAAGAUUAUUCGAUCCCCACUGAAAUCAGCUUUUAUCUGUGGGUUUCUUUGGAUAACGCUGAUAAUUUUUUCCUAUUUGCGUCCAAAAUUUCAUGAAAGAAAGGAAGAAUUCUGCUUUCAGAAACAAUCUAUUGAGCCUAAUUAUUCAUCAUUAUUCUCCAUUAUCUUUGGGUAUGUUAUUCCCUUAGGGAUUGUGAUUUUUUGCUCAACACAAGUCAUCAAAUGUCUCAAAAAGAAGAUGGCCACAAGCCCUUACGAGACAAAGUUAAUCCAGAAAGCAAUCCACACUAUUUCUGUGAAUUUGUCUGUGUUCAUUGUAUGUUUUUCACCUUUCUACAUCACAGUGCUCUUGCGCUUCAGGCGUCUCCUGGUCAAGAGGGAGAGCCACACAGUAUGGAGAAUCAACAACAAGGCCAUUGUUUCCAUCAUGGGCUUAUUUGUACAUAUCGUGCAGCUAAACAUAGGAAAAUGA